GAUGGCGCUCUCUAGCUCCAUGUCGACCGCAUGUCCUCAGAGGUGGAACAGAUCUGAUGCGGCAGGUGAGUGAUGCAGAGUUCCCACUCGCGCCGGAGGAAAAAAUGAAGCAGCGACUGCGGCCAUAUCCGGGGCGUAGCCGAUUUAACAUGACAUUAGAGCCGCAGAAUGCCGCAGGCACUGCAGUCAACCUAUCUGACCAGGAGUUUAGAGCUGCGGGCAGUGCAGUCUUUUUAGCUCACCGCUUGGCUCUGGAUGGUCCGAAAAACAAAUCCCUCGAAAGCCAGGGAACACUUCCCACAAUUGACAGCUGGAGCGGGGAAAAGGGAAACAGUUGGGGGAGCUUUGAUGAGCGUGUGCAGCACUUCAAUCGAGCCACGCCGAGUGAAUUUACCCAGCAACUCAGAGACGACUUUGGGUUGCGAGACAACACUAUUGCAGGUGCUGGAGGAAUAGCCUGGCCUGCGAACCAAGCCAGACAAGCAUGGACCGGCUUGCCUGUCACUCCUGUAAAGCUCCUCAAUCUGGACAGCUAG